AUGCAUUCGGGUCACCUUGAGUUACAAGACAAAACAGUUCACAGUCUCUUUCGUUUGGAUGAUUCCCCAAAGGUUAGUAAUUUUGCUUGGCCAGCAGUUUCGGGUACCCUCCCAACCUGUUUGCAACUUCUCAAGCGUCAUGUGGUUAUUAGUCCCAUUUGUCCGAUAUGUCAGGAGGCUGAGGAAUCUACUUUUCAUGCUCUAGUGGGUUGUUGUUUUGCUCGAGCCUGUUGGAAUAGAUCUUUGGUUAGUAUUUGUAGUUGGUCAGCGGAUAGUUUUGGCUCUUGGUUUCAAGCUCUUUCGGCAAGGAUCAGCUCUCAAGCAUUGGAGGAAGCGGCAAUGGUUACAUGGAGUAUCUGGAAGGCCCGUAAUGAGGUUGUUUGGCAACAAAAAUCUCCUACUGCUGCAUCAGUGGUUUUGUCGGCAAGAUCAUUCCUUGAUCAAUUUCGUUUUGCACAGUCACGGACGACGAGUUCGUUGUCUAACAGUUCGAUAGGACUGUCUUCACGUGUGCAUUGGAUUACACCAAUUUCUGAUCAGAUCAAGGUCAAUGUUGAUAGUGCUCUAUUUAAUGAUGUUAGCCGUUUUGGGAUGGGUUGCUUAGCCUGUAACCAUGUUGGUCAAGUUCUCGAGGCCUUCACUAGUAGCAGGGAGGGAAUUGUUGGGCCAGAGAUUGCCGAAAUCAUCGGGAUCAAAGAGGCCGUAAACUGGAUCCAACGUCAUAAUUUGCAAAAUGUUUUGCUAGAAACUGAUAGUCUUGUCUGUGUUUAG